AUGCCCACUUGGCUAUACGACCACGCAGCUGAUGGCCACUUGGAACGUAUCAAAAAGGACGAACCUGGCAAGGAUAGUGGUUGCGCAACGUUCGUUGUGACUCUACAGUUCAACCGCGCCGGCAGUUUGAUUGCAAUUGGCUGCAAUGACGGACGUGUAGAGAUAUGGGACUUUAUUACUCGUCGGAUCGCAAAAAUUCUCGUGGCGCACUCACAUCCCGUUUGCUCGCUGAGUUGGAGCCGAAACAGUCGUCAACUACUCAGUGCUUCCACGGAUAACAGUGUUUCUGUCUGGAAUGUGAUCACGGGCGAGUGUGAGAAAACGUUUACUUUCCCUUGCCCAGUAAUGAAGGUCCAGUUUAAUCCAAGGAAAGCUACUGAGGUACUCGUCUGUCCUCUACGCCAUCCACCUGUUCUGAUUGAGACAGAUACAGGAACCCCGACUAUCAUCCACCCCGAGGAUGAUAACGACUUCAGCAUUGUGGCCUCUUAUGAUCGCCGUGGUGCACGUAUAUACUCCGGCAACUCGAAGGGAAAGGUUUGUAUAUACGACUCAAAAACUCUGACGCUGCUAAACAGUUUCCGAUCAACUAUGACGGCCACAAAUGCAGCCGUGAAAUCAAUCGAGUUCUCCCGCCGUGGCGAAUUCUUUCUGCUCAAUUGUGCUGACCGUAUUAUCCGGGUUUACAACUGUUCCGACGCAAUCGAAUCUUCUGAUCCCGAACCAGUACAGAAACUCCGAGACCUGGUUACUGGGCACCACUGGCGAAAGUGUUGUUUUUCUGGUGACGGUGAGUUCGUCUGUGCUGGUUCCAUGAAGCAGCACUCGAUCUAUAUCUGGGAACGGGCUAGCGGUACCCUCGUCAAGAUUCUGCAUGGCCAGAAGGGAGAGACCCUGCUUGAUGUGGUCUGGCAUCCCCUACGUCCCAUCGUCGUAUCCAUAUCCAAUUCGGUUACCAAGGAACAGGUCUCUAUCUGGGCACAGACACAAGUGCAAAACUGGUCAGCCUUCGCGCCGGACUUUAAGGAGCUCGAUGAAAAUGUGGAAUACGAGGAACGGGAGUCUGAAUUUGACGUGGAAGAUGAGGACAAAAAGGAAGUGGAAAAAGAUGAUGGUGUCGAACAGGAUGUUAUCAUUGAAGUAGAGCGCGUUGAGCCAGUUGCGGCCAUGCUAAGUAGGUACGUUCAUCCGCUUUCUCUGCACCCCUCUUUGUGCUGA